CCUCUUUAAAAGAACGAGAGAACACCAGACGGUCACAGUGUCGAUAUCAGGAAUGAUGAACAGCCGCGCGCUUUGCCUCUACGUCGCGCUCCUCUACCCGAUCCCCAAAACAUUGACGGAAUACUCAACCAAUACUGACUCGGAGUACGAGUUUGGGGAUUACCGGGGCAAGUGGUGUUUAGACGACCACGGAUUUGUGUAUAGCAUCGGGGAAGUGUACUAUCCCAGUCCAUCUGCUUGUCCGUGCACCUGCACUGAAGACGGACCCGUGUGCAUACGACCCAAGUGUCCUCGCAUUCAUCCUCGAUGUACACGGAUUAAAUACAAGUCCUGCUGUCCAGUGUGUGAGGCAGUUAGCAAAGUGUGUGUAUAUGGUGGCAAAAUGUACAGAAUAUUCGAAGAAUUCAGGUUGUCACGCUGUGAGAGAUGUCGUUGCGAGUCCAACAGGGAGGUGUCCUGUUCCAUCUCUGACUGUCCUGCACCACACUGUGUCAACCCUACAUAUGAGCCCAACCACUGCUGUCCUGUCUGCUACACUGGGCCCAAUUGUUUUGUGGGUGACAGAGUGAUCUCGGCAGGGGAGCGAGUAGAGAUAGACAAGCAGACUGUGUGUUACUGCACCUACCGGGACAGCACCUGGCAGAUGCACCCCCAUGCCACCUGCGAGCAGCGCCCGCUGCCGGACCCCGAUCUCAACCCCAGCCCCUCUGAGCCCCCCGAGGAAGACGAGACCAAGCAGAUGGACAGGGACUUCCGCCCCAGGCUGGACUGGAUCCCGUGAGCAGGCAGGAGGGUGGGUGUGAGGGUAAUAGUGUGCCAAGGGGAAACGGGGAGAUGAUCGGGCAGGUUGUUUUCCGUGCCCUGCUGAGUGCAGUCUGCAUAGGGCUUAGGGCCAGGGAUGAUCUACUACACCACAUUAUACAACCACAAUAACAUUACUAGCUAGUAGUGUUUGUGCAACAUUAUAUAAAACUUUGCAUACAGGAACAAUAUAUGGUGCACAUUAAAGACAAUACACAACUAUAACAUAUAGUUCCGUGAAAUUAAUUUGUCUCCAUUUUCCUUCACUUGCAGUAGUCUGGUUUUGUCAUCAAAGGGCUGGUGUAAGUGGACACUUAGAGAUGGUGGCAACAUUCACCCUUUUAUUAAUCUCAGGUUUACACUAGUGCACAUUAACGUUGCUGUGUAUAUUUCUUUGACUGCUGUUUCUUUAAUAACAUUGAUAUCCAUCUCAGAAUGGUUCUAACGCUGAAAUGGAAAUGUUCCUUUUUCUGUAUAUAAAUGGACUUGUAGUUCUAUGAAGUGUACCUUUGAUGGACAUAUCAAAUAAACAUCAGGAACCGUAUGUAUCAAGCGUCUCAGAUUCAAGUGACAAUUUAGGAUCAGUUUUGCCUUUAAUAGAUUACAAUGAAUAAGAUUACAUGGAUAAUGGGCCCUGACCCCAGAUCAACCCUCCCACAGAGACGCUUGAUCCCAGAUCAACCCUCCUACGGAGACGCUUGAUACGGACCCAGUUGAAUGACAAUGUCCCAUCCUUGUUCCUGGAGUGCAACAAGUACUACAGGGUUUUGUUCCAACUAGGCACCACAUGACUAAUUGAUCAGUUCAGCGAUUGCCUGAAUUCAACACACCUGGUCUUCCAGGUUAAUUCAACCAGAAACAUGAAGUGGUUGCGACACUACAGGACCAGGGUUGCCUACCCCACCCUACACAUUUCCCUGGACAAGGAUUCUCUGAUCUCAGGGCCCUUACAUGAAAAUGUCACUUGUCUUGCCUUCUAGGUUACCCACUUGGUAAUUUUGUAAAUAUAUAUUAUUUUCUGGUACUACAUGUACCCAUCCAGUUAUUAAAUACAAUUUGUUCUA